UCGUCUAUGAUCUGUCACCAAACGAAAACAGUUUUGUUGGAAUAACGACAACAUAAUAAUUAUUUACUUUUAUUUUGUUUUGUUUAAAUAAUUUAAAACUUAAACAUGACUGAUGAAAAUAUAACAGUGAGUGACAAUUCAGAUUUGGAAGACAUUAGCACACCCGAGCUUCGUGGUUAUUUGAGUAAAUGGACGAAUUAUAUACAUGGUUGGCAAGAUAGAUUUAUUGUGUUAAAAGAUUCAACAUUAUCGUAUUAUAAAAGCGAAUUAGAGAGCAAUUUAGGAUGCCGCGGUGCACUUUGUUUGAAAAAAGCUAAAGUCAAGCCACAUGAAUUUGAUGACUGCAGAUUUGAUGUAUCAGUCAAUGAUUGUGUUUGGUACUUAAGGGCUUCUAAUCCAGAGGAAAAACAGCAGUGGAUUGAUGUUUUGGAGUCUUUUAAAGUGGAAUCAGGGUAUGGUACAAGCUCAGACAGCAGUUCAAAUGGAGGUGGCCUCCGAAGACAUGGAUCUAUCACAUCUCUGCAAUCAACUGGAUCACAUGGCCGCACAUCCCGUCGCUUGGCCGAAAAGAUAGCAGAGCUGGAGACAUUUAAUGAAUUAUUAUCAAAGCAAGCAACACAAUUGCAGCAGUACUUUGAUAUGUGUGUUAAGACGUACCCGCAUAUAAAUGACGAAUCUGAUGCUAUUGAUGCUGUGAAAUUGGCUGACAACGCAGAGCACAAGAAGCGCCUGGAGGGCGUGCGCGCGACGAGCGCGUCGUUCCGCGCCACGUGCGGCGCCACCGUCGCCACCGUGCAGCACUGCGUCGAGCUGCUGCGCCGCCGCGACCAGCAGGCGCGCAAGGCGGAGGAGCUGUACAUGGCAUUGAAGAAUCAGUUGACUGAGGCUCGAUUGGCGUCGAAACCGGGUCCAGAUCACGAGGAGGGACCGCACUCAACCCUCCCGGACGACGAGUUCUACGAUGCAGUUGAGACCGGCUUCGAUAAAAUGGAGGAGGAGCGGUGCGCCAGGGUGUCCUCGCCGGCCGAGGUCACGCGCGAUGAGGUGGAGCUGCCCCCGCCGGCUAUUGAUAAUCGUCUCACCGUGCACCCGCUGUGGCCUGAGAUCGACAGGAUAUCAACUGAACAGAUACAAGCCGCGUUCGAGGGCGUCGGCGGAGAGAUCGGGUGGCAGCUGUUCGCUGAAGAAGGCGAUAUGAGGAUGUACCGUCGCGAAAUGGAGGUAGACGGUAUGGUGAUGGACCCGCUGAAGGCGAUGCACAAAGUGCGAGGCGUGUCCGCCCGCGAAAUGUGCCACUAUUUCUUCAACCCGAGAUAUCGAUAUGAGUGGGAGACGACGCUGGAAACGAUGAACAUAGUGGAGGGCGUGUCGUCGGACACGCUGGUGUUCCACCAGACGUUCAAGCGCAUCUGGCCGGCGUCGCAGCGGGACGCGCUGUUCUGGUCGCACGUGCGCGCCGCGCCGCGCAACACGUACGCCGUCACCAACCACUCCACCGCGCACCGGGACUAUCCGGCGAACACGGGGGCGUGCAUCCGGCUGUUCGUGACGGUGUGCCUCGCGUGCCGCUCCACCUUCCCGGACAACGAGCCGCCCACCCGCGACAACAUCACCACCAGCAUCGCGUACUGUAGCACGGUGAACCCCGGCGGCUGGGCGCCAGCCGGCGUCCUCAGGGCCGUGUACAAGCGCGAGUACCCGAAGUUCCUCAAACGGUUCACCAACUACGUAGUCGAGCAGUGCCGGGACAAACCGCUAGCUAUCUAGCGCACCAAUCCCAUACCUGGAUUAGGCUAAAGCCUAUAGUGCGACGGAAUUUCAUAUACGUGUGGGUGGCGAAACCAUUUUCUCAGGGUAAUUCGAGACUCAAUAUGUCACAACACAUACGAAUGUAUGGCUGAAACAUCCAAAUGGCCCUUUGAUAAUUGUAAAUGUAAUAGUGACGAUAACUUCCAGUGUGUAUUCUUUGUGAGCGAGAUGCGAUGAUAGAGGUACAAAUACUGUUAUAUGCGAUGCGUUUUUAAUAUUUCAUCAAAACACUUAGAUAAAUGAAUUUUUUAAUACAUAUAAAACAUUAUUCGACACACAAAUGUAGUUAUAAUUUUUUGGUCUUUUUUGCAAUUGAAUUCCUUUGAUGUGAUAUUAAAAACUAUCUAUUCCUGUAUAUUUUAAAAUAUAUACACAUUACAAACUUAGUAAAUCUGUAUAUAAUAUUACAAAUGUUCUAAUAGAUCUGUAGAAUUGUCUUGUAAAGUAAACAAAUAGUGCCCACGCGACUGUAAGUAUAUCAUUUAAGAUAUACAUAGGGUCAUGUAUGUAUAGAUCAUUAGAUGUCUAUGUACAGAAUUCUCUAUAUCCAUAUUGAAAAUAUUGUAUAAAUCAAUUGUAUCUAGUUAAUAAAUGAUUAUAUUGUAGUUUUGUCGAUAUAUAAAUAUAUUUACUAUACUGAAAUAUCUUGUUUUUGGUAAAAUAAUUAUCUUUACCCACGACACUUUCUCAGUAUAACUAUUAAAUAAUCAAAACUCUAAAGUAAAUAAAUUUGUAUUUGUUUUAAGAUAACACUCGAAUAUUAUCAGCGAGUGUAUUUUUGUGACACGUUCAACAUAUUUUUUUGUCUCUCUCACACGUUUAGGCGUACAUUUUAUGUCCUUGUCUAAAUAGGAACAAAACAGAUAUAACAUUAUGCGACAUUUGUUUAGAAAAAUGGCCUUGGCAACAUUUUGUAUGACGGCAGUCAUUUAUUUAUAUUUUUUAUGUUGUUUUCUAAGAACAUUUAUGGGAAAAUAUUAUGAUAUAUAUAAAAUAUAGUUGUUUCUAUAAAAUAUUUACUAAGGCAGAUAUACACACAUAGGAAGUUUUUGUUUUUUGUAUAAUCGUUCGUGUUAAUGUUUAUGAUAUAUUAGGGUAAACUAUAUAUUUAUUGUCUUUUUAAUUUUUUCUUAUCUUCGGGUGAUAAUAGGCCACCAAUCAAAAUUAUGAGAGUUACCAAUUUUUAAAAAUCCAACAGCAAUUCUUGAAAACAGUAUAUUUCAAAUACAUCUUUUAUAAAAAUUAAUAAUUAAAAAAUUAAUUUAUUGAUUAUAAAUUUUUACGUCUGAAAAUUCUCGAGUCAUUUCUGUAUUUCACAGAGGGAAUUAUCUUAACAGGAUGUGGAAGCCAGCUGUUUGUUAAUUUUUCAUUUAUUUAAUAAUAAAAUAUAUGCUCAAUAUAUUUUACAUCGUAUCGUCAGAAUUUACAUAAAACAGUCGAAUUAAAAGUACUUACGUACGUAGGGCCAUCAUAUCAGCACUCGUUAGAACAUAAUUUAUAUAAACAAGUUAAACACCGAUCUUCAUUCCAUUUGUACAGGUGAAAUAUAUUUUAUUUUAAUACAUUAAUACGCGAGUAUGUUUGCAUACUUCAUACAUCACAUGUGUAUUGUGAAAAUUGUAAAAUAUCGCUUUAAUUGUAAAAUACGUUGUUUAAAUUUUUAACUAUAAUUAAUACAAUCCAAGAAGAGCCAAGCGAUAAUCAUUCAAAUCUUGCAAAAAGUUUGCGGAGUAAAUUCGCGAUUUUCCAAUGUAUAAUUUGUUGUUUUAAUAUAAUAUUUAUAAAUUGUGUCGAUAACGCUAUUUCUAUAAUUUAUCCAGAAAUAAUUUUUGUUGCAUAAAAUACAAUCUUCAUCUUUAUAUUUCCAUUGACGUAUAAUAAACAUCUAAACUCACAAUCAGGCUCAAAUAGUGUCUGAAGCAAAACUUAGAAUCCGCGUCUAAUAGGCAGAUUUAUAAAAUGAGCGCUUUUGAACAAUACUCACACGAAGUAAAAUGUUUAUUUCGUUGAAUGUUUUAUACAACACGCAAAUAUUUUUUGACGAACUUUGUGAGCCUAGUUGUUUAUAUUACGUUAGUAAAUAUGUUGGAUAAUUAUUAUGUAUAAUUAUUCACAAUACACAUUGUGUUGAUUGCGUGGAAUAAUAAACUUAAAAGAGAAAAGUCGAUGUAUUGAUGCCAUAGAAGAAAAUAUAGUCAGUACAAAGUGAUUAAUAUGGUUAAAAUAUAUCACGUUUAACCAAUACUCCCUGUUAUUCUGGCACCUUAUAGUUUUAUACUUAAUAUAUUAUAUUAUUUAAUUUUAUUCCAGCGUAUAGUCUUACUGAGUUCGAAGUAAUGAUUUGAAGAUCAAAGAUCCAUAUGAGCAGCUAAGUAUGAAAAUUAAACAGAUUCUCAAACUCAAACAAUUAAACUUUAAUUUUAAAUACUUGGUUUUAAACCACUUAUGGGGUGGAAUAUUUUUAUAAUUAUUUUAACAUUCCAUAUUCUUGCAACAACAGAUUGUUACAUCUUGAAAUUAGUGCUGGAAUAAAUUUAUGAAGCUGUGUUUUUUACUUAGCUGCUUGUAUGCUAUUUAUUUCUCAAAUGCAUUCUAUGUUUAUAUAAUAAUUGGUACUAUUUGUUACUAAAUCACAUUAUGGGCAAGAGGUAUUGCAUUUAAUUUUAUUCUUGCAAUUGUCAGUUUGACCUGUCUUGAAAUCGACUUAUGGACAUUUUUGGUGCAAAUAAAUUAUUGUCAUAUACUUUAUGCUUUACAAGUUGUGUACUAUAUAUGGUAUAUUGUUAAGGAACAAAACAAGUUACACAUUUUUUUAUUUCUAGAAGCUUCUAUCCUCGUAUAAAGAGCCAAUACAGUGUUGAAUUUAAAAUCUAUGAUUUAUUUGCAGUUUAUUUAAAAUGUCCAAAAGUGUAGCUGUGAGGAUUAUAAAUAAUUUCCUUGAAUGAAUAUGGUCUCAUGCAAGAUUUCUGUUUUGUGAUAGGUUAUCAAUAUGUUUUUUAAAAAUUGUUUAUAAUAAAAUGUUAUAAAAUUUA